AUGGAAGAGAAGGAGGAAAAGCGAUGCUGGCAUGGGCUCCACAGGGCAACCCUUCUGACAGCUGUCCUGCUGCUGCUACAAGUGAAGGGGGUGAGGACUCUGGAGGGCAGCGCAAGCCUGGAUGAUGAGGGCAGUCAGAAAGAGAAAAUGUCCUCUGCAGACCAGGACCAAGAGCAGUUCGAAGAACACUUUGUGGCUUCCUCAGUGGGUGAGCUGUGGCAGGUGAUGGAUAUGGCCCAGCAGGAAGAAGACACGAUUGCCCAGGGAACAACUAUCCAGGACCACUUCUUUAACCUAGCCUUCUGCUUCAACUUGGCCAGCAUUGUGAUUUUUUUAUGAGAGACUUUGAGGUGGAGGCAGUAGUCUCUCUCCUUCACGAGGACUUGGAUACCUACCUCCGCUUCGUGAUUGCCUAUUGACCUCUUCUCCAAGAUGCCUCCUCAAAACGCAUACCGCACUCCCCGUGUCUGAGAAGCACCUGACUUUAGGGUGCAGUCAUAGAGUUUUCCCAGCUCUCUCAUUGCCACUCCCUGAUUGCCACCCCAACCCAGAAUUUCAUACCCCAGGACCAAAGACACCAGACCCACACCCUUCUAACGCUUAAGCUUUGUCUUAAACAGUAGAUUAGAGGGAGGAGAUAGUGACAAUAAAAUAGCAAUAGCAAUAAAAUCCU